AUGUUGGGGCGAGGGACGGCGGACACCGGCUGGGCUGCCGAGUUUUCUGGCCUGGCCUUUUUUUCCUCUGGCAGAGGGCGGAGGCUGAGGCCCUGGGGGAAGGGCCGGCUGGCAUUCGCGGUGCAAUACUGCCAUCAAGCGGAAAGUCCUCGGCGGAUCCGGGAGCCCAGCGCCGAGCUCUCUCUCCCGCGUGGAGGGGCCCCGGGGGUGACGUGGGAGUGCGGGGGGGGGGAGACGGACGGGGACGGACGGGAUGGAGCGCCACGGAGGUCCGGGGUCCGGGGUCCGGGGGCCUGGGGGCCUGGCCGGUCGGGCCCGGGAAGCCCCAAGCCACGGCUCGGCUCGGGCCCCUCCCUGGUGGCCACCAGCCCCGCCAACGACCCGCACGGGAACCUGGAGGGACCCGCACGGGAACCUGGAGGGCUGCCGCCACUGCUGGUGCGGACGGGGGCGGGGACCCUGCUGUGCCCGUGUCCGGAUCCCGGAUCCCGGGAAGGGGAACGGGUGUGGAGCCGGGCCACCCGGCGUCAAAGGGGGGGCCUUGAGCCCAACGCCUGCUCCCGAGCUGGUCAUCAAGGGACCAGCGUGGAGCGCGUGCCAGAAGCGCCAGGCGCCUCGGGAUGGGACUGCCAACGGCCCCUUCGGUCCCGGUCCCGCCGGGACGCUGGGACUUCACCCCCGGGCCCGUCCUGCCCUGGAAGCCAGCGGGCGGCGGCUCCGGGGAUCGCCAACGCGUUCCGCUUGAUGGCAGUGUUGCACCGGCAAUGCCCACCGGCCCUUCCCCCAGGGCCUCUCCCUCCGCCCUUUGCCGAAGAAAAAAGGCCAAGCGCUGGCCGCCGGGGCUCCAACAUGGCGGCUCCCGUGCCCGGGCCGCUUUCGCUUUCGGGGAGCGCUCCGGCUUCGGAGGCUUCGGAGGCUUCGGAGGCUUCAUCUGAGGCCCGCUGGAGCGGAGCCCGGCGGAGCCUCGGUGCCCUCGGCCUCCCCUCGGCCGGCUUCGGGGAUCACAACGGUCGGGCGGGGCCCGGCCGGGCCCGCCGUGGGCCUCCCUCGGCGGCGGCCACGGACCCCUGCGAGGCGAGGCGCCAGGCGCCCUCAGGACCCCCGCAGGCCGCCGGGAGCCCUCGGGAGACACACCGGUCGGCGCCGGCCGUGGGGUCAACAGCGAGGGCCACGUCCCGCGGCCAGGGGCCGGAGGGGUCCCGAGGACCUCGGCCCUUGGCCCGUGACGGCCCCUCCCCGGCCCCAACCGCCACGGGAAUUAAGGCGUGGAUCCGGGCCCACUCGGGCCGAAGCACGGGUCCAAGCGACUCUCGAAGGCCCGCCCGCCUCCCGGGCCCACGGGAAGGGAGCCAGAAGCGGCGGGCGGUCGGCCUGAGGGUGACGGUGACGAGCCUCCACCGCCCGUCUCGGGUCGCCUUCGCCCCCCCGGCCCGCCGCCGGCCGCUAGCCUCUCCUGACCCCUGCAAGGAAGGCCCCGGCCGGCCUCAGCUCCAAAGGGCCAUCGCGGACGCCCUCGACUGCCCGGGGCCUCCGAGCCGGCUGCCAGUCCGCACGCCACCCCCCACCCCCACCGAGUGUCCGCUCCACGAGGCCUACCGGCCUCCCCGGGGCUUCCCUUCUGACCAUGAAGCCCAGGUCCGAACGCCCUCCACAAGCAGGCGGGAGCCACCCAGGACCACCAAGGGGGCACGCGCCGCCCGGGCAAGGAAGGGUCCGGCUCCCACACAAGUCGACCGCCCCGACGGUCGAUGGCGGGGCACGGGGCCGCGCCAAGGGAGGGCCACGCGGGCGUCCCCUAGCUCGGCGGCGGGCGCGGGGCCGGGCUUCGCGCCCGGCUCGCCCAUCAGAGUCCGGGCACGGGCCCCACGGCACCCCAGGGCGGGACCGGUGACAGAGGCUGCUGCGGGGGUACCCUGCCCGGGGGACCGCUCAGCCCUGCGGGACCUCUCAUCCCGCAGAGUCAGCGCGUCUCCGCCCACCUUGCCCACCCGGCUUGUCAAGCAAGAGCAGGCCAGCGAGCCAAGUCCUCCCUGCUCCUCGGUCUCGGUCUCGGUCUCGGGGCCAGGGAGACCCGGUUCCUCGCCCCUGGGCAGGUGCCCGAGCUCCGCGGGUGCCGCUGUGGCGCCGGGACCCAAAGGACGCGUGGACACCGCCUGGAUCUCAGGGGCCUUCCGGGAACCUGACGUGUGUGAGGAGAAGGGGCGACGGCGCCGGGGCGGGGGUGGUGGUGGUGGGGCGACACCCGAGGACGCUCGGGGACUGCUCGUGGACGCAGGGCGGAGGCUGAGGCCCUGGGGGAAGGGCCGGCUGGCAUUCGCGGUGCAAUACUGCCAUCAAGCGGAAAGUCCUCGGCGGAUCCGGGAGCCCAGCGCCGAGCUCUCUCUCCCGCGUGGAGGGGCCCCGGGGGUGACGUGGGAGUGCGGGGGGGGGGGAGACGGACGGGGACGGACGGGAUGGAGCGCCACGGAGGUCCGGGGUCCGGGGUCCGGGGGCCUGGGGGCCUGGCCGGUCGGGCCCGGGAAGCCCCAAGCCACGGCUCGGCUCGGGCCCCUCCCUGGUGGCCACCACGUCUGGGCGGGACUGGAGCGGGGUGACACAGCCACGCGGGCCGGGCCAGGGGGCGCCGGGCCUUUGGCCGCGUGCCCCUUCCCCCGGGAGCUAGAGCAGGAUCCGUGCGGCCUUUGGCCCUUUGGCCGCGUGCCCCCUGCAGCCCCGCCAACGACCCGCACGGGAACCUGGAGGGACCCGCACGGGAACCUGGAGGGCUGCCGCCACUGCUGCCAAGUCGAGGCCAAGCCGCCGCCAUCACUCCCCCUCCACCCCGCGCCCCGGGCCAGCCAGGCCUCUCAGCUCGCCCCGUUCCCCUUUCUGGGCCACCUUCUCCAACGUCCCACCACAGCCCUCAGGGCAAGCACAGUCGAGGAACGGCUGGGUGACUCCCGCCCCUGCAUCCCAAAGCCAACGCCUGCUCCCGAGCUGGUCAUCAAGGGACCAGCGUGGAGCGCGUGCCAGAAGCGCCAGGCGCCUCGGGAUGGGACUGCCAACGGCCCCUUCGGUCCCGGUCCCGCCGGGACGCUGGGACUUCACCCCCGGGCCCGUCCUGCCCUGGAAGCCAGCGGGCGGCGGCUCCGGGGAUCGCCAACGCGUUCCGCUUGA